ACAGAAGUAACGCUCCUCCUCUAAACUCUCGCUUUGUACGAAGUAGGGUUUAAGUUAUCACUCACUCCUCUUCUCGAUUUUAACCCAGAUACUGAACUCACUCGGCUUCUCUCUAUCGUGAAAACCCAGAAAUGGCGUCGUUUUGCAGAUCGGCAAUGACGGCAACCACAAGGUCCCUGGCAUCUCUAUCCAAAACGGCAGGUCAGAAAACACUAUACGCGAAAUCCAUGUCUUCUCCGUUCACUUCAACACCAACACGAACUAUCCUUGCCACUUCAAGGAUUGUUUCAGUUUUAGGGAGCGUGGAGUCGUUGAUGCCACUCCACAGUGCAAUUGCAAAUGCUAGACUCAAAUCUAGCAUCGCUGUUGAUUCUUCUUGCUGGAGCUGGCUCUCUCAAGCUGAAUACUCAAAUCUCAAGCUAGAAAAUGCAGUUCCUCGGAUAAAUCUGCAGUUAUCCCAGGAACAGAAUUUAUGGACGUUGAAGAUGGUGAAAUGUCAUGGUUCAAUGCUGGUGUCAGAGUGGGUGUUGGAAUUGGCCUAAGCAUUUGUGUUGGGAUUGGGCUGUGUGGGCUUGUUGGUUCGAACCUACCAAGGCACUACCCGAAACUUUAGAAGGCAAUUUUGGUGAUGAACAGGAAUUAUCCUUUGUGGCAUGAAAAUGAUUGAACUCCCUGUCUUGACAUACACAUCUUGCUGGUUUUGCUUGUUUUCUGUUUUACAGGAGUCAAAUCAUUUGUGGCUCCCAUUAUUGCUCCCUGUACUACUUAGCAUCAACAUCUACGAUCAUGAACUUUUAUCAAGCUAAAUUGCAUGUUGCAAAUCAGGGAACGCAGGUGCGGUUUGCACUUA